UCACCCUCCCAGCUGGGACGGAAGCCGGUAGGACUCAGCGGGCUGGGAAUCGAUCACUCGGCGCUCGCCUCCGCAUCUGCCGGGAGCGCCGAGUGCUCGAUAGAGCAGCUGAGUCGCUGCUGGGCCCCUCCUCGCAGCCCCGGCCAUUUCCCAGCCGGCCCGGAGCGGUAGUGUAUUUUUCCACCACCUCCUUGUACAGGAAGAUCAAGACCAUUUUUGUGAGUAGAAAACAUGCCUCCAAAAUUCAAGCGCCACCUAAAUGAUGAUGAUGUCACUGGCUCGGUGAAAAGCGAAAGGAGAAACCUUUUAGAAGAAGAUUCUGAUGAGGAGGAGGACUUUUUCUUGAGAGGACCUGCAGGACCAAGAUUUGGACCCAGGAAUGACAAGAUCAGGCAUGUUCAGAACCAGGUGGAUGAAGUCAUUGACGUCAUGCAGGAGAACAUCACCAAGGUGAUUGAAAGGGGAGAGAGACUGGAUGACUUACAGGAUAAAUCAGAAAGUUUAUCAGACAAUGCAACAGCGUUCAGCAAUCGAUCCAAACAGCUUCGAAGACAGAUGUGGUGGCGAGGGUGCAAGAUGAAGGCCCUUGUAGCUUUGGUUGCUGUCAUCCUCUUGCUUGUGAUCACCAUUUCCAAGUGGGAUCUGGAGAGUUUUGACUAUCAGGAGCUGAAAUCUGAGCUGACGGAGGUGCCCGCUUCCAGCGUCUUCGAGGAGCACCCCUCCUCCAGCCACCCUGCCACUGGGGACAUGGCCACCGGGUGCAGACAGCUGGUCUGGGUGGGGGAACCUGUGACCUUCUGCAGGGCUGAGACUAUUGCUGGCAAGUAUGGUGUGUGGAUGAGGGACCCACGGCCUGUUCCUCCCUACACCCGCAAGACCACCUGGAUAGUUGAUGCCAUUGGCACUGACACCCACCAGGUCUUUGAAUAUGACGACGACUCUGAUCAAUUCAUGAAGGGCUAUCCCUCCAAGGUCCACAUCCUGCCCUGGUCCAUGGAGAGCACUGGAGCCAUUGUAUACAGGGGCUCCCUGUACUUCCAGCAGCGCAAGUCCAGAAUGGUGGCCAAGUUCGACCAGAAGAUAGAAACUAUCACAGUCCAAAAGGACAUCCCCAGUGCUGGCUACCAUGGCCAAUUCCCCUAUUCCGGGGGGGGGGGGAGGGAGGGGAGGGGUUACACAGACAUUGACCUAGCUGUCGAUGAGAUGGGGCUGUGGGUGACAUACAGCACAGACAAGGCCAAAGGGACCAUCAUCCUCUCCAAAUUGGAUCCAGAGACCCUGGAAGUUGAGCAGACCUGGGAAACCAACAUCCGCAAGCAAGCUGUGACCAACUCCUUCAUGAUCUGUGGCACCUUGUAAACCAUCAGUAGCUACUCAGCCCCAGAUGCCACGGUCAACUUUUCCUACCACACGGCCUCCAGCACCAGUGAGCUGCUGAGCAUCCGCUUCGAGAACCGCUAUGAGUACAGCAGCAUAGUGGACUACAACCCCACAGAGAAAGCUCUUCGCUUGGGACAAUUUCAACAUGGUCACCUAUGACAUCAGACUCUCCAUGAUAUGAGGAGCCUCAGGGUGGGAGGAGGACACAACACGCUCAUUGCUAACUAGCUGCUCGUGGGCUAGGGGUAAGUCUAGCCAGCUGUCAAUCUCAUACACUCACUCUUCCUAUUCUUCUUGAGCUUUCCUUGGAUUCAGCCCUGAGCCCCUUAGGCAGAGUGCUCACUGAUCUGGGAAAAGACUCCAGGCCUGGCCCUAGAUCAGAGGUUCCUAUUCUGAGAGCACUGGUGGGGCUUAAAUAAUGAUAGAGUGGGAAUAACCUUGUGCCACUUAGGAACAUAUGUGCAAUAGGCGUUUACAGCCCUGGCCUCGCUCCCCUUGCUCUCUCUGAAUUACACACGGGAUUAAUUUGGACAAUAUAGAAAAAAGGAACAAGUUGUUUCUGGUUAUGCAACAUCUGGAAUGUGUGGGCCAACUGCACAGGGAUAGAUCUAAAAAUGACUAAACUUGCCUGCACCCUUGGCUAAAACACACCAAGAUUCCAGCCAAGCAGACCAAACUGUUCACAGCAAGAGGCAAAUAAUAUUUUAGGGGAGGGAGGUGGCUGGGUACCAUCUUCACAGAAUGGCUAAUAAAAACCCAGUGACCAUCAGCAAACCAUAUUCAUGCCCAGCAUCAGCUGAGACAAGGGGAAUGUGCUGAGCAGUCAACACCGGGCAUUAGCCAAGGCAGCAUUGACAGGAGGAGAUUCUGCAAAGUUGUAUCAUGCCCAGAUUCAGUAGGAGAACAUCAAGGCCUAAAGACUUAGCUCCAACACCCAAAUAAGCCAAUGAAAAGACUCCAACUGACUUCACUGGGCUUCAG